ACCGAUACUUUGAUUCCACCUAUCCAUCUACUUUUGUGUCUGCCUCUCCUCCAUUAAUAAACUCUACCUAUCUAUAAAAUCGAUAAAAUAGGCCUUGAAAACCCAUAAAUUAUCAUUUUUCCUUCGGGGCUUCGCCCCCUGGACCAUUUUCGAAACUUUUUGAGUGAUGCCUGACCACGCCCACUUUGCCCUCGUCGGGGACAUCGGCCCACUCGUCGGGGACAUCGGCCCAACGUCGUGGACCUUGGCCUCCUCGUCUGGCAAAUUCUGGCGCCACCCCUGAUCUCCUUUUCAACUUUCACAUGAGGGUGAAUUGUGUAUAAUCAAUUUGGAAUGAGUGUCUUCUUUAUCAUUUAUGCUUUAUUUAUUUUUGUAUUGCAUCUAACAACGUAAAACACCAAUUUCAUGAUUAACAGAUAGGCCCUAAGAUUGUUUGUUUUUAAGGCCUCCUUAAAAUGCAUUUUGUAUUUGGUUACUGGGUGCACCCGACAAUAAGCCAACGUGCUACUGCUUCAAAGUAAUACCUAAAAAGGCCAAAAAAAAGCUCAAUUUUUGCAAACUAAACAAUUAUUGAGAUAAAAUAAAGGUAGAAACCACAUCCAUAUACAACGGCGUCCAUACGGGUGCAUUCAGGGUACGUGGUCGAGGUGCCGAACUGAAGGAGGAACCAAUGAGCCUGGGCAAAAAUCCGAAGAUACUGUUGAACUUUAACAUCAUCAUCAAGAAGCUCAACAGAGCGGGAAAGGGGCGCCAUUUUUCCUCGGGCACCUAAAAUCUUCGUUAUGAAUAUGAGGAUAUUUAUUCGCAUGAGGAUACCUACACAAGUUGAAUCAUCAUCUUGACAACAUUGUUUGAAUAUUACAAGUAAAAGCAUAUACUGUACUAUGUUCAUUAACCAUUUUUUUGUUUCAUUUACAGGACAAUUCUUAAUGUAUAUUGUAUUACCUGUAAUUAAUAUAACGUAAUUCAUAUGAAAUUUACAUUUCAACUACAGUAGUGCCAAACAAAAAUAUACGUUUAUUUUUCCACAGACAACAGUUCUGCCGACAAACUGAUCAGUUCACGUAAACCUAUAAUUAAUGUUGGUGAAAAUGAAGGAACAAAUCUUGUCCUGGCUGCUGAGGUUGCCGAUUUUGUUUAUAUAUGAAUUUAUGUACCACAAGGAGAUACCACAGCUCCUGAAAGAAAACGAAUUGGUGAACAAUCUUGGUUUAGAUAUUGACAUCCUCACCUCUUGUGUUCAGUAUGGUUACCUGGUUGCCAUUGUACUUUUCACUCUUCCAAUCCACCACUUAAAGUCUCUCUACAUCCACCUGAUGAUCUUCAUCUUGCUGAGGGUAUCUAUUCGAUGGUCAAGAGACUACAUUACAAGUUCACAAGAUUCUGAUCCUCAAAAUAUCUACAACGAUGACGCAUCUGUGCCGAGAAUGAUUGUUUAUCUAAUGAAACAAGUUGUCCUGGUUAUGACCUGUAUUUUGCUGAUGAGUAAAAACCGUAACUGGAUAUUUACAGCAUUUAUUCCUACAAUAACUGUCCCCACGUUCGGCUUGGAACCGAAUAUAGCCGAAAAAAUACACGUGGUGUCAUGCGGGUUUACCACGUGUGUUAUUUUGAGUUAUUUAGCAUGUAGUAUACCGUCGCUUUUAGAUUUAGCCGGACGCGGACUAACAGAGUUACAACGCAUGAAUCAGCAAGGCGACGUAGCAUCUCAACUUAUGGUCAUUUACAGGAAGACAUACUUACCUUCAAUGUUUGUCUGUUUGUGGAUCUGUCUGUUUAUAUUCCACAACUACAUUAGUUACAAGGACAGCAACCUCAUCUUUAACACUAAUAUUUUUAAUUACGUUGCUAUGAUUGCCGAUAGUUUCGGAAGUAUAUGGAGUUUAAUAGGUCUAUGUUAUGUUGUAUCACACACUGCGUGUUUCAUAUACAGCUGCUGUAAAAUAUAUCUGGUUGGUUUUAAUGGGAAUGUACAAAAUGAUGAUUCUAUAUCUGGUACAUUUGAAGGAAUGGUCAUCAUUCUACUCGCUCUACAGUCUGAAUUUUUAAGUUAUAAUCGUAUUGACAAAAUAGUUAACCUAAGCGCUUUUCUCUUUAUAGUGGCAUCCAAUAUCAUUCGGAAUAUCUCUGAUAUGACAAAUCCUCAGUUAUUAUUAUUAAGCACGAGAAAUAACAAGAAACUAGCCCAUUUUAGGGUUCUUGUUUUUGUGUUUAUUCUAAUUAGCAUUCCGAUUGCCAUGACCUAUUACUUUACUCAAGUCAUUAUUGUAGAUGCAAGAUGUUAG